AUGAACUCAAGUCAAUGAAUAAAGACAUUUUGUAUAGUCUCAUUUGAUGAAGAUUUCGGACAAAAACUUGAGUGGCAAUAUCCUGAAAUCUUCAAUGAAGAACAGCAGCAGGCUAUUGCGUUUUUAGCAUUCCCUGAUUCUAAUUCAAUGGAUAAAAUUGGAGACUCUUCAUAUGUGUUUAGAAUGAAAGAAGAAAAUUAUUAUGGAUUUGUAUAUUUCCGUCAACAAAAGGAUACAGGAAAUAAACGAGGAUACAAUCAAAGAUCAGUUAUUUUAUAACGUCGUCAUCGUGAUUGCUUGCUUUAAAGUAGGUUUCUUCAGAUCUGACGAAUUAACAUAAAGGCGACAAGUCAACUCAAAGUUGAAAAUUCUUGUAAAAAGGAUGUGCUUUUAUUAACUUGGAGUAGACUUGUCAUCUUUAGAUGAGUCAUCAGAUCUUCAAAUUACUGUGAAGAAGCCUACUUAAGCCAACCAAUAGCGGUGAUUACACUAUAAUAACCCAAAAUCCUUUUAUAUCGCUGUUUAGGAAUAUUAUCAAUAUAAUUGCCCCAGCUUAUUUUGAGGAAGGGAGGAAUAUAUUAAAUAGCUCAUGGGAAGAAAUUGAAAGCUGGGGAAACUUAAACCCAGGAGAAACUAGAGAGUUUUCUAUAUUAGGAUCGUCAGUAGCUUAUUCUAUUCCUUCAGAGUCCGAGCUUUCUUCUCUUCAAGCCUGUGGAAGCAAUUUAUCGAUGAAUUUAGACGUCGUGAACCAAGGAUACCCUGGCCAGCUGCAGGAUAUAAAUAUAUACCAAAUUUUUGGGUCACAAAACAUAAAAAAAUAUAUUUGGAGGUUAUGGGAAAUUGUGGUUUUAGGGGAGCCUUUAUUGAUACUUACUAAUUAUCCAGAAACCUGCAGCCUUAUGGUUCUGGGAUUAGUCUCUUUAUUAUCACCUUUGAAAUAUGAAGGAAAUUUCCAUCCUUAUUUUACUAUAUUUGAUAGUGAAUUCAGAGAUAUAGAAUUUUCCCAUAGAUGGUGCAGUUUGCCCUUGAUUUGCCCACUGGGAAAAUUUUUUGGUUCGACCAGUACCAUAUGGUUUGGUCAAAUCAAAAAAAAUUUUCAAUGGGCAAAUCAAGGGCAAACAGCGCCAUCUAUGGGAAAAUUCUAUAUCCAACAGAUGAUAGAAAGCCAAAGCCAAAGCGCCGUCAUUUUAGGCGUAACAAAUCCCUUCUUUUUAAAAGUAACCAUUAUUUAGGCUCUCAAUACUUGCAAAAAUAUUUUUGAAUUCGAAGAAAAUGGAGAAAUUGUGCUAAAGUCAAGGAUUUCUAAACAUAAAAGCCUUAUACAUCCUAUAAAUCAAAUUGUAUCAGAAUUUCUUCAGAAUGAGUCUGCUGAGACUUCAGCAAUCAAUAAUUCCAUAAUCAGAAGGCAUUUUCGGGAGCUAAACCAAGCUUUGCUUGACCCAUUUUCUCAAUACUUUUCCUUAAACCUGCAAAAGUUAAGGGAAUCCCCAUAUAUAGAAAGCCCAACAUUCAAAGACUUCAGAGAUUUUGAAUUUUUAAGAGAAAUUGGCUCAUCAGACUCUACCGCAGUCCCGCUUUUUAGGUUCAUUUCUAAGCAAAAUGCGGUGAAAUUUUACGAAAAAUUCAUCAAAACUUCUACAUUUAACCAUUGGUUUGCAGAGCAAAGACAAAAAGCUAAUGCGUCUGUCCAUAUUUUAGUACAAAAUGCUAUACAUAAUUUCGAUUUAGAAAGGAUUUUGCCAACUUUAGACAGAGAGCAAUGCCUGCUAAUUUAUUCGAAAAUAGAAUCAAGAAUUAAAUAUGAGGAAACAAUUGAAAAUAAUGAAGCUGUUAUAAAGAAGCUGAAAGACCAACUAGAAUUGUUGGCUAGGGCGCUCUUGAAACUUGACCAGGAAUAUGUGUUCAUUUAA